GCAGAUUAUUUCAAGUAGGUCCCGCCACAGACUGUUAUUAAGUCACUAACGCGGAAUGAACAGCAACGACACUUGUAGACGACUGGUCGUUUGACGGGGGAAAUAAAGCUGCACAUAUCCGGAUAUUUAGAGAGUAAAAAAGAAAAAGAAAAAAGUCACAAACAUCAACCAAAGGUCCUUGAGGAAGCAGCUUUUGCUCCAUUGAUCGACUGUCUGGCACUCAGUGUUCUGAAAGACAAUAGCUGCAGUUCCAGAAGAGCAUGGGGCGUUAUCACACCAGCUUCCCUUCAGGAAAGAGCAGCUGUGCAGGCCCGCUGGCUGUGACAGAAGUAAAACACUGCAAUGUAAUGCACUGACCAUUUCUGGAGUUUGAAGGAAAUGUUCACUGUAGUUCACCAUCAUUUACUUACCAUCAUGUGUUCUGAUUUGUCUUCUGGGGGGCAUCAGAAGGCUCCAUAAAAUGACCCAAUCUGUGCACAUAACCUCCAAACUGCCAAAUCUGAGUGCCCCUUUUCAUUGCUCUACCGAGGAAGAAACAGAACAAGGUAGCUCCUAUUCUGUACAGACACCCUAUGGAUUCCAUCUGGACCUUGAUUUUCUCAAGUAUGUUGAAGAAAUAGAGAGUGGGCACAGCAUUCGUAGGCCUAAUGUUAACACUCGGAGAGGUUCAAGGAAAAAUCUGGGGAUUGGGGGUAGGACCAGUGGCUGGACCUCCACUGAGUCGCUUUCCUCAACAACCAGUGAGAAUGGCCAAGCUAACCCACCAUUUCUCCAGAGCCCCAUCACAUCAUCCAGCAAAUCACAACCCCUUUCUCCAUCACCAGUGAUCAGUCCCAAUGUACCUGCCUCCUCGAAAGUUCCACCCCCACCCCCACCACGUAACCCUAGGGUAGAGCGAACGCUCCUUGAAACAAGCCUUCGACUGCAACAUGAACAAAGUCACUUUUCUAAUGGAUUAGUCUACAAUUUCCCUGACCUUUCCAAAGUGAGUUCCAAAGCUGGUGGAUCUAGUAGUGACUUCUCUAUAGCUUCUUCCCAGCUUUCAGAUGCCCGCUUGCUACAGAUAUCACCUGCUGUGCAGAACUUCCUUUCUAGCGGCUUGACCAGAGCCAGUCCUCAGACUUCUGGAAGGAGCACUCCAGCCUCCAGCUCCGGAACAUCUUCAUUGCCUCCUGGGCAUCUUCAGACUGUCCGAGAACAGAUGGCCACUGCCCUUAGACAACUAAGAGAGAUGGAAGAGAGAGUGAAAGGAGUACCAGCCUUAGAAAGAGAAGUGGCUGUGCUUCGUGCCGAAAAGGAAAGUUUGACUGUGGAACUUCAAAAGAAAACAGAAGAACUUGAUGCUACGCUCCAACUGAAAGUCUCCACUGCAGUAGUGGAAGCAAUAGCAGUAGAGGAAGUAAAGAAGCCUCCUACCAUUACUAUAGACAAAAGAUCCAUUGCAGUAGGUGGUGACAUCCCCCUUGAGACUGUGGAAGUCUGCAAUCAUCAGGCAGUCAAGAAUGCUGCUGUUGAAGCUUCUGUUCAGGUUUGUCAUGCAGCUGUUGAGACUGAAGCUAUUGCCAUGUUUGAUGAGGGAAUUCAGGCUGUAGUGGAUACAGAAGAUGUGUCUGUCUGGGUAAUAGAAUCAUUUUUAGGCCUUCAAAGUGAGACAGAACGAGAAAUUGAUACCCUGCAAAAUACCAUCACAUUUCAACAGGAAUCAAUUCAGGUUCUUGAGACCCGACUAAAUCAGGUCAACCAAGACUUGGAUACAUUAAGGGUGAAAGAAAUAGAGAGAACAUCUAAGAUUAUGUUGGACAAAGAGUCACUUGCCAAACCAGAGACAGUCAAUGCUCAAUUGGAAACAUGUCCUGAUGUUUGUUCAAAAACGUCAGUUGGAGUGGGGGUUCCAGAUGUGACUGAUCUGGAGUGCUUUUCAAUGACUAAAAAUGACCAAAGCAUUCAAACAGACCCUGUGGAAACUUCAAAGGAUAAAACUGUGACACUGGUAAGCACUGGUAUCCAGUGGGAAUCCAAUAUCUACGCUAGUAACACUCAAGACAGUGAAGAACAGCCCCCAUCUCCAGAGGCUGCAGGCCCUCUGAAGUCUAUCAUGAAGAGGAAGGAUGGGAGUGGUUCUAGUGCAGCUUCCAGCAGUGGCAAAAAGAGCUUGAAGUUUGUUGGAAUUUUAAAUGGAGGGUAUGAGUCGACCUCUAGUGAGGAGGAUGAGGACGAGGAGAGUUCCUCAGAUGAAAGUGUGGCUGGUGUGUGUUCAGACAGCAGUGUGGAAGAGGAGGCAGCUCUGGAGGACACAUCUGAUGAGGAAAUUAACAUAAAUGUAGAUGAAACAGACAGUGAUGGGAACACAGCAGCUGGAACUGAAGAUCUGAAGGAUCAGGCAGAGGAAGUGAAGGAAAAGUUCGAACUGAGUGCCAAAAUGCGUGAGGCGUGUUUGAUUUUGAAGAACCACCUGAAUGAUGCAACCAAAACAGCGAAGAGUAAAGAAGUGCUGUCCAGCACGCAUACUGUUCAGUUGGAAUGGUUCCGAGUAUCCAGUGCAAAGAUGGCCCAGCCAUCACGUGUGUCAAAUUACCUGAUGGCUUUCUCAGAGGUGUCCCACACCCUGCUGCAACACAUAGUCAACAUGACUGAUGGCAACGGCAACACUUCUCUGCACUACAGCGUCUCUCAUUCCAACUUCGCUGUAGUGGACCUACUGCUGGACACAGGCAUGUGUAAUGUGGAUCAGCAGAAUAAAGCAGGUUAUACAGCUGUGAUGCUGGCAGCUCUGUCCGCAGUGAAGAAGGAAGACGACAUGGCUGUGGUCCAGAAACUCUUCCGUCUGGGCAAUGUUAAUGCCAAGGCCAGCCAAGCAGGGCAGACGGCUUUGAUGCUGGCAGUGAGUCACGGGCGGCAGGAGAUGGUGCGAGCGCUGCUGGACCGUGGUGCUAAUGUGAACAUUCAAGAUGACGAGGGCUCCACAGCUCUGAUGUGUGCCAGUGAACACGGCCGAGCUGAGAUUGUCUCUUUACUGUUGGAGCAGCCCGGGUGUGAUAUUACAGUCGUAGAUAAUGAUGGCAGUAAUGCCCUCUCCAUUGCCCUAGAGGCAUCCCACAAUGACAUCGCAGUCCUACUGUAUGCCCAUAUGAAUUACUCCAAAACACAGGCAGAUGUAACACCUAUAGCAAACACCCAAGGCCCGUCCAGUCCUAGAAAAACAUGGCCCUCAGAGUGACAUGGACACAAACUGGAAAUAAAAACAAGACUAACCAGAGUGACUGGAAGAUUAACAAUGUAUAUGAUACAAGUUUAUAUAUAUUUAUAUUGUAUUCACUGAUUAUUCUGUCUUUAUUCAAAUAUUUAAUACAUUAUACUGCAGUAAGAAUACUAUGUAACCACAUUAAUAUAGUAAGACACAUCAUAAUUAUCAUUAAUUUCCUUCAGGCAUCAACAUGAAAUCAACUGUUUAAUAUCUGGAACUAAGGGGUCUGGAAUAACUCAUGUGUAAUGCUAUCAUGAUUACAUUGUUCACAAAAGUAACUGAACAUUUGUCUUAUGUCCAAAAUGUUGUCUGCAUACCAUGAUGCAUUAACUGCCCUGUUAUUUCAGAUUCUGUGGUAAAGCACUGCCAUAACCUCCAAUAAUCAUUAAUACAACACACACACACACACACACACACACACACACUGCAGCUUCCCAACAAGUUCAACCUAUGAGCGCUGUAAUGACAUGCUGUUUGUAAAAGGGCAAAAACAAACGCCUAAAUUGAUUCUACAUGGACUCCACCCUCAUUUCCUACCACAUGCUUUAUUUUACCUCCAGAUCUAAUGGGGCUUUUCCACUGCACGGUACAACUCAACUCUGCUUGCUUUUUGGGGGUUUACCACUGUGGAUAGUACCUGGUACCAGGUACUUUUUUUAGUACCACCUUGGUCGAGGUUCCAAGCGAGCCGAGCUGAUACUAAAUGUGACGUCAAAACCCUGCAGAUCACUGAUUGGUCAGGGAGAAUAGUCAUUACAAGCAUCACUGGAUUUGAGAUACGGGACAUCAACCCAAUAGUUUUAAAGUUAGCUAAAGCGAUAGCAGUAUCAUUAGUUCACGCGACUUUCGAAUUGUAAAAAUAAAUGACUGUGCGCAAAACCACGCCGUGGUCAAUAAACGAGGUGCAGACGUUCCUCUCGUUAGCGAUGAACGAAACGAUGAUAAACGAAAAAGGUAUUUCAGAAGUGUCUCGCACACGGCUACUACCGGAUCUACCAACUGUGUCGGGAAAAGUAAAAAAAAACUUAUGUGACUACAGAACCAUCAAGGAAAAGUGAAAUCACAUUUCGCUACAGUUUCCCAGUGAAAUAAGUGAAAUUUCCCAGGGUCAUCAUAAGCGAGUGAAAUGGUGUUGUAAGUUUAGAUGAGUAAAAUUUACCUCUCCAACCUAAUAAUUUAACCUAAACCGAAGCAAUAGUGUCCUAAAAAAGUAAACAAGAUGUAAACAAAACGGAUAUCCUUAACCUAAACUUCACAGUUAGUGUCCUAAAUGCAAACGUGACAUAAAAAGCAAAUUUUCUGAAGCAACCGUGUCAUUUCAUGUCGCUUCUAUGAGACUUUUGUCUCAUGUGUCAGCUUGUGUGCUUGGCUUGAGCCUCAGUCUUCUGAGUCCAAGGCUGGACAAUGUCAGGCUCUGUCAGUUGAGCUAAUUUGCAGCUAAUCUCAUUGGAUUAAGUGUGUAAAUGUAGGUGGAUCUGUAAUGCAACCAUUAAAAUGUAUCGUUUUUCAAAUGAGAAAUGUUAGAGUUUUAGAAGUGUUUCGAUAUCAACACAACGAGUAUUAGAGUGAAAAAUACAUGUUUACAAAGUUAUAAUCAGCCAUUGUGCUCAUGAUUUGGGAGAUGGGGGGAGGGGAGCCCACAGUAGUUGUAGUGCCUUGUUUUAAUUUCACCUGGAAUCUGUGGCGAAACAUUGAAUGUGGCACGUAAAAGUCAGUUUGCUAAAUUUUUGUUACAUUAAAGUUAAUUCUAGGAUACUAGAUUGCUUUAAUCUGAGCAGUUUUAUACUCUAAUAAUCUGCACUUUAUCUGAAGUAAAAAAUAAUUGUAUACGGUUGCCACAAAAUAUUUUGACAGUUAAAAAUGUAUGAAUACCUUUGUAUUAGGUAACAAAAUAUCAAAGCAAGUGUCAUUUACUUUUCAAGCAAAACAUUUCACAAAAAGUUUUGUUAAAUUUAAAAUGAUCAAAGUACUUGGACAUCUUGUGGUUGUCAGAUGUUCGUGGAACAUACUUCAUCCAUUAAGAAUCACCAGUUGAUUAAAUGUCAUUGCAAAAAAUGGCUCAAAAAAAUCAGUUAAUACUGAGAAAAGAUAUUUCAUCAUUUACAACUUGCUUUACAUUACAUAACAAAAUAUCAAUUACAUUUUAUGUGUGACUUACAGUUGAAAUCAGAAGUUUACAUACAACUUGGCCAAAUACAUUUAAACUCACAAUUCCUGACAUUUAAUCAUAGAAAACAUUCACUGUCUUAGGUCAGUCAGGAUUUUAUUUUAAGAAUGUGUAAUGUCAGAAUAAUAGUACAGAGAAUGAUUUAUUUCAGCUUUUAUUUCUUUCAUCACAUCCCCAGUGGGUCAGAAGUUUACAUACACUUUGUUAGUAUUUGGUAGCAUUGCCUUUAAAUUGUUUAACUUAGGUCAAACAUUUUGGAUAGCCUUCUACAAGCUUCUCACAAUAAGUUGCUGGAAGUUUGGCCCAUUCCUCCAGACAAAACUGGUGUAAUGGAGUCAGGUUUGUAGGCCUCCUUGCUCGCACAUGCAUUUUCAGUUCUGCCCACAAAUUUUCUAUUGGGUUGAAGUCAAUAUUUUGACUUUGUUGGCCAUUUUGCCACAACUUUUGAGAGGUCAUUGUCCAUUUGGAAGACCCAUUUGCGACCGAGCUUUAACUUCCUGGCUGAUGUUUUGAGAUGUUGCUACAAUAUAUCCUUAUAAUUUUCCUUUAUCUUGAUGCCAUCUAUUUUGCGAAGUGCACCAGUCCCUCCUGCUGCAAAGCACCCCCACAACAUGAUCCUGCCACCCCCAUGCUUCACUGUGGAUGGUGUUCUUCGGCUUGCAAGCCUCACCCUUUUUCCUGAAAUAUAACGAUGGUCAUUAUGGUCAAACAGUUAAAUUUUAGUUUGAUCAGACCAAAGGUAAUUUCUCCAAAAAGUAAGAUCUUUGUUCCCAUUUGCACUUGCAAACUGUAGUUUGCCUUUUUUUGGUUGUUUUGGAGCAGUGGCUGAGUGACCGAGCAGCCUUUCAGGUUAUGUCGAUAUAUGACUCGUUUUACUGUGGAUAUAGAUACUUGUCCACCUGUUUCCUCCAGCAUCUUCACAAGGUCCUUUGCUGUUGUUCUGGGAUUGAUUUGCACUUUUCGCACCAAAAUACGUUUAUCUCUAGGAGACAGAAUUUGUCUCAUUCCUGAUGGCUGCGUGGUCCCAUGGUGUUUAUACUUGCUCACUAUUGUUUGUACAGAUGAAUGUGGUACCUUCAGAUGUUUGGAAAUUGCUCCCAAGGAUGAACCACCAGACUUGUGGGUCACAAUUUAUUUCUGAGAUCUUGGCUGAUUUCUUUAGAUGUCAAGCAAAGUGGCACUGAGUUUGAAGGAAGACCUUAAAAUACAUUCAUAGGUAGACCUCCAAUUAUCCUAAGAGAAGCUAAUUGAAUAAUUGCCUAAAGGCUUGACAUCAUUUUCUGGAAUUUUCCAAGCUGCUUAAAGGCACAGUUAACUUGGUGUAUGUACACUUCCGACUCACUGGAAUAGUGAUAUAGUCAAUUAAAAUUGAAACAAUCUGUCUGUAAACAAUUGUUGGAAAAAUUAUGUGUGUCAUACACAGAGUAGAUGUCCUAAAUGACUUGCCAAAACUAUAGUUUGCAAAUAUGAAAUCUGUGGAGUGGUUGCGUUUUAAUGAUUCUUAAAGUGUCCAUGCACUUCUUUGGGUUCUGUACAAUCUUAACAGACAGACAUAUUGAGCUUAAAAUUAUGGAUACGGUCUGUUUCAGAAGAUGUGCUUUCCAUUUAUUAUUGUUUGAUGUCUGUGUGUUACCAAAUAGCAUACUGAUCAAAAUGUUCAUGGAAAUAACUGAACAAUGGAUUUUGCACAAAUGGUUAUGAGUGGAGUUCAAUACCUGUUAAAGUCUUAAACUAAACCAGUGUUUACUGUUGAUCGCAAAUUCAGAAAAAAAUUCAGAAAGAAAGUUUUGGAAAAUAAAGUCUAGUUGCAAGAUGCAGCAGUGGUAGUAGGCUACAUAUAAUUUCAACCAACUUUUAUUUGCUCAGUGAAAUGUAUAUUAAUCUAUUCAACUGUUCUUUUUUUAACCAGCCUUCAAGUAAAUGUUUGUACCAUUUCUGCUUCAAGUAUUUUUUAUUUUUGUAUAAAAAAUUGUGUAUUUUACACAGUAUAUAUGCUUUGUUGUAAUGACUGUAUUGUUCUACAUUUGUAUCAUGCUAUGCACCUUUGGCUAUUUAAGUUAGCCUUUGUUAUAAGUGCAAUAAAAAGUUAUAUUGUAUGAUG